CCCGGAUGUCAGUCCGCGUUUCUACAUGGUGACACUCAUGAAGAGCAACCUGAAGGGGACGCUGCAUCAUGAAGUGCACACGAUGCCUGCUCCGGCUGCUGGGCCAGUCCGCCCACACCGCAGCCCGGUCCGCUCGCCCCACUUUGCCACGCAAUCCACAGCAUGAGCAGGCGGUGAGGCGUUUCCGCGGUUACAAAGGCGGCCCCGUGCCCGCGGAGUUCGUCGGCGAGGACCCCGGGAAGAGGUCCGUGGUCCCGGGUGACCCGUUCGCCACGGAGCGCAAAACCAAGGCCUCCUUCGCCGAAGCGCUGGAGGUGUUCACCAAGGCCGACGUGAGGCGACGGGGCCACGUGGAGUUCAUCUACGCCGCACUCAAGAAGAUGCCAGAGUUCGGCGUGGAGCGCGAUCUGGCGGUCUACAACCAGCUGCUGGAUGUCUUUCCCAAGGAGGUGUUCGUGCCCAGGAACUUCAUUCAGCGCAUGUUCAACCACUACCCCCGGCAGCAGGAGUGCGCAGUGCAGCUACUAGAACAAAUGGAGAACUAUGGUGUCAUGCCCAACGUGGAAACGAAGGUCCUGCUGGUGCGGAUUUUUGGUGAGAAGGGCCACCCAGUGAGGAAGUACCAGCGCAUCAUGUACUGGUUCCCGAAAUUCAAACACACCAACCCCUUCCCCAUCCCGCAUCAGCUGCCCGAAGACCCGGUGGACCUGGCCCGCUUCAGCCUGAAGCGGAUCGCGAACCACCUGGACGCCAAAGUCACCGUUUACCAGAUGCCGCGCACAGACGUCACAGAUAGCGGAGACCAGAUCGCGCCGCCCCACAUCGUAGGCAUCCAGAGCCCCGACCAGAUGGAGCUCCUCGGCAAGCACGACCCCGGCAGGCCCGUGUUCGUGGAGGGACCCUUUCCGCUGUGGCUGAGAAAGACGUGCGUGCACUACUACGUCCUCCGGGCUGAACCCGUGCCACCCGGCGAGAAGGUGGAGGAGCCUUAUGAUCCAGAGCGUUGUUUUAACUACCCUCUGCAACUAGAACUAGACUUGGAUCGGGACCUUGGGGACAUUGAGACCUUCGAUGUAGAAGACUUGGAUGAAGGUCCGGUGUUUGCCAUGUGCAUGACCAGCCAGGGGGACCGGGCCACCCUCAACCGGUGGAUCUCGGGUCUGCAGGAGAGCAACCCCGUCCUGGGUCACAUCCCCACCCUGUUCCGCCUGCAAGCCGGCCCCAGCGAGCUCCGGGCGGAGACCCGGAGAGAUGAGUCGCCGGCUGAGGAACCCGAGCAAGAGGAGGAGGAGGCCAGGAGGAGAAGGAACUGACUGUGUCUGUAGGACUCAGCUAGACAUCCAUAUUCAAUAAUGCUUGUCCUCAUUAGGGUCAUGAGUCAACUUGACCUUGUGCCAGCUGACCUUUGGGUCGCCAGCCAUUGGCAGGGCCAGUUUAGAGUUUUCAGUGAUCCUAACAUUGUGGACGUGGGAGGAAACCGGACUACCAGGAGAAAACCCACACUAAGUGUCCAGAGCCGAGACUCGAACCCCGGACCUCAGACUUGGCGCCCACGAAUCUCGCUGACCGUCUUCUUGGUCCUCAAAAUGUUUUUUGUAUUGCAGCAAAAGAAGACCAAAUGAUCCCAAAGGUAAACAAGAUUUAAUUGUGGAAAAAGGGGCAUGUGAAAAUGUUCCUUUUUAACCAGUAAACAAGUCACAAGUUCACUUUGAGAAGCUCAAACGGCUCGCUCCGCUGCAGAGGUUGACGCAAAAGGUUGGCAAGUCAAGUGCGCCGUGAUCAUCGAUGGCGUCCUCAAAACAAACGAUUCCUCGAUGGAUCGUCGUCGUUAUGGGAGAGAAGGUUCAAUUUCUUGGUCUUAUCCCGCAGCUCAGUUCCUGUACGUUUCUGUGAAAACAAGUGUGGGGGAGUUAUUGAUCGAUACCUCUGCCGCAAUUAUGCCAUGUACUGUAAACAAAACAGUUCAUGUAUUUGGCAGGUACCAAGAGUAUAUUGAAAUGAACAAUAA